AUGCCUCGUCGUAGCCGUUCCAAAGCAGCUAGGCGCAGCAACCAAGAACAAAUUGAAGCCAACGAAAAUGGAAAUGAGGCUGGAAGAAGCGUUGCCUCUCACGUUCGGGAUCGCCAGCGUGCAGUUGCGGAACGAGAGGCUGCCCGAUUAGCUCGUCCUGAACAACGCAAGAGAGUGAAACUAGCUCAUGCCGAUCGCAAGAAGAGUGCAGUGACUUCCACACCCUUCGGACUUCACCGUGGCUCUUCUACCGUGGAUGAUGAGCCGGAAGACCAGGAAUGGUGCGGCCCGUUUAGUGUGGCCCGUCAAGUUUUGCGGCAACGAGAAGAAGCAAAGCGCAAGGCUGAAGAAGAGGAAAAUAAUGCGGUCAUGCAUCCGCUCGAUGAUCUAAUGAAUCAAGUGGGACAAGAACAAAAGAAAAAAGCUCAUCCUUCAUUGACCUGGAAGGGAGACGCAAAGGGAACAACCCCCUCUUCUCUUUACGCCAAGCGACAAAUGCGAAUGGAAGCCCGACAAACCAAAACUAUCCCAACACUCUUUCAACUUUGCGUUGAUUUUCUUGUGGAUAAUUUCGAGCAUGUCGAGUCACUUGGAGAUGUUGAUAAUGACUGCCGCCUAGCUAUUUCCAAAGAAUUGGUCAAACGAAACCAACUGAAUGCCAAGGCAUUUGAAAGUUUGGUUUCGAGCGAUAUGGAUUGCUUGGAAAUUAUUGACUGUGCAGGAAUCCCCCAAGAUGUCAUGGCCAAAGUGCUCACAGGAUUACAUUCUCUGAGCUUUCUCAUGUUGACACACGCGGGACGAUGCUUUGGUCCCAAGAGUGUCGAUGUACUUUUGGAAACAAAGCCACCUCUCUGUUGUCUCUCGAUCGCGGGAGCUUAUCUUCUCAAAGAUGAGCAUGCCGCUUCUCUGAUUCAAGUCAGUGCCUCAACCUUACAAUCCAUCUCUUUUGAUACGUGCCCCUUGCUAGGGGAAAAGUUUAUUCGUGCCAUUGAAAAGACGGAUGGAACUCUGUUGGAAAUAUCAUUGAAAAAUCUUAGCCUUUCUUCCGAUACCUUGAAAAUCUUGGCCACUUGUAAGGAUGCCAUGCGCAAUGUCAGGAGUUUGACUUAUGAAUCCAUGCCUGGAAUCACCGAUGCUGUCUUGGGCGAACUACUCCAAGUGGUGGCCGAUUCCUUGGAGAGCCUUGAUGUCAGCCACAAUUACGAUCUUACCGAUGCGUCGUUGUCGGCCAUUCGACAAUUCAAUAUAGGACUGCGAUCUCUCACUAUGAAUGGUGUUAAGGAACUCACGUCGUUAGGUCUUGAAACUUUCUUCACCUAUGAUUUGGAAGGCUUGCCCUCGCCACCAAAACUCAAAGUCUUAAAGUUGGCUUCUUGCGAUCACGAGGCUGUGACAGAUGAAGUUCUCAAGUUGGCCACGGCCAAUUCGUCUACUCAAAACAAGGAGUCGAUGGGUCCUAGGGGAGGGGGAUUGGUCCAGUUGGAUAUUGAGGGAUCCACUUUGGUGACGGACAGUACACUAGAACAUCUAGUUGAGGGUUCUUCGGCAAAUACCUUGACGGAGAUGAAUCUGAGUUAUUGCCCACAUAUAACCGACCAAGGUCUAGGCUACUUUGUCUCCAAGUGCGGAAGCCAACUAUCCAAAAUCCAGGUUUGGGGUUGUGCCCAACUUUCGGAUGAAUUCUUCGACGGUCAUGACCGAGUCAAUGACGCGAGUUUUGAACUAGUUGGAGCUUGGAUGAAGCGCAGCGGAACACGAUCUUUGAGAUGA